UUAUUUUUGAAGAUUAGUUUACACUUCCAGUUCGUUUUCAUUUUUUAAUAAUGAUUAAUAACUACUCGGUUUCAAACGUUUUACUUUCCACAAUACUUUUAAUAUCUGUUAUCCUAAAUGCAACAGCCUGCUAUAUUAUUUUGCUUAAAGUAAAGAAGAAAGAAAUAACACAUUUGUUUAUUGCCAGCAUUUCGUUUACAAACAUGCUGGAAUCAAUGGUUGGAUUUAUUCCUCAGAUUGUAACUUCUGACAAAAUUUUAUUAGAACGAACUCCGUUAUGUAUUUUAAGCGGCUUUGUAGUUUUUGGGUGCGCUGUAACAAGUAUAACUCACAUUACAAUACUUUCAUCAAUCAGAACAGCCGUUAUAAAAUAUCCUUUUUUUUAUUAUGAAACGAGCAAGAAAGUGUGGUUUAAAACAACCUUGAUAACAAUCUGCUAUAUCUACGGUUUUAGUUGGGCUACAUUUCCAUUGAUUGGUUGGUCUAAGUAUGAAGUAGAUGUCGAUAAAAAGCGAUGUUCCUUGGAUUGGAAACUAACAAAAUCAAACUCUUUAUCUUACUUUGCAGCAGUAUUAGUAUUUUGCAAUAUAAUGCCUUGUUUAGUCAUAUCAACAACGUUAUACACCAGCAGAAAACUCAUUUCUGAAAGAAAAGCUCGUAAAGCUAGUCAGAGCCAAAGCCAUCAAGUUUCUCUUGAUAUUUUAGAAAAUGAUUAUUUGAAAGUAUGUCUUUUGUCAGCAAUAGCAUUUUUCAUAACUUGGGCACCCUAUGCAGUUAUUGGUAUUUUAACAGUAUUAAAGAUUGUUAUUCCGACACAGUUGGUCACUGCUGCGGCAUUGUUUGCAAAGUUGUCUACUAUUACUAAUGUUAUCAUUAAUUGUUUUAUCAUUGAGUCAUUUAAAAACCAAGUUUUUGACUUAAGAUUCAUUAAAUAUAUUCGAAGCAUAAAUAAAAUAACCUCAAAGGUUCAACCCCAAACUAUUAAUUACAACUGUUGAAUAAUAGUACGAAAAAAAUAAUGUUUAAGCAAAGUUAUUAGUUGCAUGGAAAUGUCACAUGAUAAUUUUUUUUUGAAUGUUGCCUAUUUAUCUACUUUAUUUAUUUUUUUACUGUACUUAACUGUAUUUUAUGUAUUAUUCUACUGUACUUAACUAUACUACGGUAUUCACAUUCAUAAGGAGGGAGCGUUACAGUUAAUUAUACAGAAGCGACUACUCUUUUUUACUUUUAGUUACUUUUUUAAAUAAUCUAUAGGUAUAUUAAAUUAAUUUUUGUUGCUAACUGUUUUUUUAAAUCGUUUUUUCUGGCGUUUUUUAGUUGAUAUUUAUAUUUUUGUCACAGAGUAAAAACUUGUGGAAGCCACACAAAAAACUAUUGCAACGAAACAUAUAAUAGAAUCAACAAUGAGUGAUAAAAUAGAUCAUAGAUUUUUUUAAUGUUUUUUUAAUAAAUAACUAUAGUUUGUUGAAAUGCAAUUUGAAAAUUUUAUUGCAAACGGGUUAUAAUUUAUUUAAAAAAAGUCAUUUUUUUCAACUUAAAAAAAAACAAUAUAAUAAUGAAAACCUUUUAAGGUGGUUUUAAAUUUCUGAACAAAUUUGU